CCAGGCGGUGGCUGCCGGGUCACGCGGGUCCACCCCGCUCCGUGCCGCUUGUUGGUCCCCACGCCGUUGCGCGCCGGGGAGUCUCGGCUGGGCUAUGGCUGAGCAGCAGCCGGCGGACAAGGCCGCGCUAGUCAGCGAGAUCCGGCGGCGCUUCGCGGCGGAGCAGCUGCCAGGUAAAUCAGAUAAAUAUGAUUCCAGGGAUGUGGAAAGAUUGCAGCAAGAUGAUCUGUUGGUUGAAAAUUACUUGAUUUGGCGACAUGAUGUUGUGGAUGAUACACUGAAGAUGAUUGAUGAAAGCUUUCAGUGGAGGAAACAAUAUGCAGUUAACGAUUUGACUGACUCUGUUCUUCCAAAAUGGCUGUUUGACACUGGUGCUCUUUACCUGCAUGGAUAUGAUAAAGAGGGCUACAAGUUAUUCUGGUUCAGGGUGAAGUGUCAUACAAAAGAUCCUAAAGUGCUGUCUGAGAAAAAGAAGUUUGUAGCAUUUUGGUUAGAGCAUUAUAACAGAAGAGACCAUGGAAAGCCCUUAACGGUUGUAUUUGACAUGGCAGAAACUGGAAUCAGUCAAAUAGAUUUGGACUUUGUUCGAUUCAUCAUCAACUGUUUUCAAGAUUAUUAUCCUAAUUUUCUCACAAAGAUAGUGAUUUUUGAAAUGCCAUGGAUAAUGAAUGCUGCAUUCAAAAUUGUGAAGAGUUGGCUUGGUCCAGAGGCAGUAAACAUGUUGAAGUUCACAAAUAAGAAUGAUGUCCAGAUCUACAUCAAUGCAGAGUAUUUACCCCCUCAUAUGGGUGGAACUGAUACUUUCAAGUUUAGCUACCCUCCACUGGUUGAUGAUGACUUUCAAACUCCUUUGUGUGAAAAUGGGCCCAUUGCUAGUGAAGAUGAAAAUGAGAAUAAAGAGGAGAUGGAAGCAGACAGCAAGGAGACUACUGAUUCCAAUGAAGAACAAAGCCUUAAUCCAAAAAAGAUAAGUUUUGUAGAACAAAUUUCCAAGCCAGAAGAAAAUGACAAAACAGAUUCCAAAGCAAAAAAUGCAAAGAAAGCAUUAACCACUUUUAAAGGACCUUUAUUGCACAUCAGUCCUGCAGAAGAGCUGUAUUUUGGAUCCAAAGAAACUGGAGAGAAGAAAUGCCUGAUCAUUCUGACAAAUGUGACUAAAAAUAUAGUGGCAUUUAAGGUGAGAACAACUGCUCCUGAAAAGUAUAGAGUUAAACCAAGUAACAGCAGCUGUGAACCUGGUACAUCAUUAGACAUAGUAGUUUCUCUCCAUGGUGGUUUUUUAGCUUCCCUGCAUGACCGCUUCCUAAUAAUGGCAGCAGAAAUGGACCAGGCUUCUGGAGCAGGUGCAUCAGAAUUGGCUCAGUUCUGGAAAGAAGUCCCUAGAAACAAAGUAAUGGAACAUAGGUUAAGAUGUCAUGUUGUAGAAAAUAGCAAGCCUUCUACCUUGACAUUAAAAGAGAAUUCAUUUAUUCCUGCCAAAACCAAUGAAGAUUUACACUUACAGCUAACUCAAUUAUUACAAGUAAAUAAAAGACUUCAAGAACAGAUUGAUUGUUGCAUCUGGUUCCAGCAGAUAACAGUUGUUUUAGCAUUACUCUUAGUUGCUAUGGCUGCCUUCUCCUUCUACUUGUUGCAUACCCAGCAGAGCUAAAUAGUAUUGCCUGUUACUACAAAUGCUGCCUAUCAUAAACGGUUUGAAAAGAAAGGAUCGAAAGCUGCUCUGUUAAACCCUGGAAUUGCCAAAAAUGCUGUGUCUGUGCUUUCAAGACUGAAAAGUAAAAUUGUUGUGGUUAAAAGAAGAAAUGAAUGACCAAGAACUGUUAAGAAAUGUAGUGAAACUAUCUUAAUGCUUUAUUACGGUGCAGAAAGAGAGAAGGCUUAGGAUUUACGUCCAUGAGACAUGUUGGUGGAUAUUAUCAAACUUAAAAGAUGACUAAAUAUAACUGUAAUUGAAAACUGCUAUAGUUUUCUCCCUUUUUGUUCAAGUGUUCUAAAUGUCCCCUAAAAGGUACAAGUAGACUGUUUAAAUUAAUUCAAGACUUGCAAGCUAUUACUUUUUUUUAUGAAGUAGAGUAGUUAUAGGCUAGAUUUUUUUCCAUAGGUUGUAUGUGUGUGCUCCAUAUGUAUGAACAUACGGAGAAAGAGAUAUGAUAAUUUGCAUAUGAUGGUGCAUUUUGAAAUCGAGGAACAAUUCUUAUCAUGGUUGUAUCUUUUAUUUUUGGUUUCUGAAUGUAAAAUUAUCACAAAUAUUACAUGCCAAAAAUCAUACAUACAGUAGCCAUACUCCCCAGGAAAAAAAUCUGUAAUAAUUCCAAAGAUAAUUGAUGAAAAUACUUUUUGAAGGCUGGUUUAAUUUAUUAUAGGUAUUUCUGUUCUGUUGGGCUCUUUUUUGUAAAGUGUCUUAAUUUCACUUUCUGAAAGUUUCAGAACUCUUUAUUCAAACUCUAGACAGGGGUUGUCAACCGGAGAUAUGCCUACCCCUGGGGGUACUUGGACUGGUCCUAGGGGGUAUGUGCGGGUGGGCAGGGAUGGAGCGCUGCUGCCUCCCAGGGGCAGGAGUGGGGCAAGGGCAGCAGCGCCCCUCUGUGGGGCAGGAAGGCUCACACAUGGCUGCCACAGCCACCAUAUACCACCCCAGUGAGCUUCCCCACCCUGCCUCGCCCCUGGGAAGCAGUGGUGCAUUGUCCCUGCCUCCCUGCUCUGUCUCCAACCAUGCACUACCUCCCUCCCCUGAUUUGGUGUCUGGCUGAGCACUCCCCCCUCUUCCCCCCUCCCCCCCCCCGGUGUUCAGCUGUCAGGGGUACUUAGACUAAAAAAGGUUUAAAACCCCUGCUUUAGAUCAACAUGCUGUUGCGAAUGUCAUCAGAAAUUAAUUAUGAUUCAUAUAAAGCUAAACAGAAUAAAUGUAGGAAUGUUUCCUGAGAUGUGCAAUUUAUACAUUAAUCUUCCAUAAGAAAAAAGCCAGGUCAGGAAAAGAUUGGAUGUGUAAGAGAAAAUGUAAACAGCGCAGUAUCUUCCAUUUCUGCUAGUUACAGAAGGCAUUUUAGAAAGGGUGUAUAAAGUCAGUGAAAAUAUGUUUUAGCAAAGAAUCUUUGUACUCAUUGCUGUGAAUAUUUAUAUUAAAAUGACCUAAAAAUUAAAAGCUUGAAAGGAGACCUGAUCCGGUAUCAUUUCCCUUCACCACUGUAAAUGUUUAAAAUUUAAAAAUGUAGAAAUUGGUCUUUUAUCAUGAAUUGGCUUGUGUGUUACUCGCACUGCUCGUUAAUACUGGGCUGCUGGAUUUAAUUUAUAAAAUAGGUUAUAAAAGAUCAUUGCAGAAUUUCUUAUAUUUUAUCCUCAAAACCCUCUAAAAAAGGAAAGCAUUAAGUGACACUGCCUUCUUUUUUUUAACGGUGAUGAUUGGUAUAGCUUCAUUCACAUGGAUUCAGUUUUGUUUUUUGAAAAGAUUCUGAUAUUGAGUGAAUACAUCUAAAUUAGUUAACUUUUUGCGGUGAAUCAGACUACAGUCCAGUGUGAUUACUGAAAAUUGACCAUGUUCAUUGCAGAUCUUUAUGGUAUUAUAUUUCAUACUCUGUCAUCUAUCCUGAAUUGACUUACUCUUUAUUUUAUUCUAGCAGAGGUCUUAGUUUUCAUCAAUUAUUUAUUUUAGGUUCUAUUCAGCAGGUUUUCUAUGCUUUUGCUUUCCCUAACAAGUUAGACACUCUUACUGUUCAAACAAGUUACCACAAUUUAAAAUGUUUUCCUAGAAUUCAGAUUCCAAAUGUCUUACUUUAAAGAAAGGAUUUAAUAGAAUAUCCUGCACUUGUAAAGUGAUCUCGGUAAAAUACAGUGAUUUGUAAAUUUGAGAUAAGCUUUACUAACACUGUUUAUAAAAUACUUAUGCUAAUUUUGACUGGAUUUAAUAGCACUUUAUUGUAAAAUAGUGAGAAAUAUAUUCUUAGAAUCUUUACCAACAUAAAUAUUCUAAUGUUUUGGUGCUUUCAUAUUUUUUCAGUAUUUUUAUUACUAUAUUGGUAUUUUCUUUGUAUAAUUGAUCAGAUCAAUGUUUUCUAUUUUAAUACGUUUUAGAAAAAUAACUUCACUUAAAAUAAAUAUAAGGAAUAAAAAUGGU